UGGCCGGGCCCGCUCUCACCGGGGGAUCCCGGGGGCGGUGACCGGGCCGAGCCCGCCCCGCGAGCGGCGGCCGGAGCGCCGGGGCCCCCCGGGCCGGGGCUGUUCGCAUGAGCCCCCCAGCCUCGCCGGCGGGGGCCGGGGCCGAGCGGGGCCGUCCCGCCAUGGCGGGCAGCGCGGGAGCGGGAACCUCCGCCCGGGAGCACCGGCUGGAGCCCGGGGACACGUUACCGGGGCUGGCGCUGCGCUAUGGGGUGACGAUGGAGCAGAUCAAACGCGCCAACCGCCUCUACACCUCGGACACCAUCUUCCUCAAACCCACCCUCCUCAUCCCCGCGCCGGCGCAGCCGGGGGGACCCGAGGACCAAGGCAGCCCCGUCCCCCCGGGGGACCCCCCGGGCCCCCCCGCCCCGUCCCGCCACGACCUCUCGGCCACCGAUUUCCUGGCUCAGCUCGACGCCGAGAUCGGGCGCUCCAAGGCGGCGGCGGCCGCGCGGCAGCUCCGCGGCACCGGCACGGCCGAGGCCGAAGGCACCCGGACCUCCGACGCCAGGGACCCCCCCCCCCCCCCGGAGCCCCCCGCCCCCCCGGGGCCCCCGCCUGGGCCCCCGGCCCCUCACCAGGACCCCCCGCGUGGCCGCGCUGCGCGACGCCGAGGACGAGAUCUUCACGCUGUGACCCCGGGACCCCGGGACACCCCCAGCUCCAGCCAGGGGACAGUGUGUCCACAGGGAUUUUGAGGGGGACACACACACACACUGUGACCCCUCCCUGUCUUCUUGGAGGGACCCGUCCCCGCUGCAGGGACACGCAGAACUGGGGUGCAGAGCCAGCCCCUCCGGCAGGGUUACUGGGAGGAACUGGGAGAGGAUUUGCCAGCCAACGUUUUUCCUCUGGUUCUAUUUAUUUCUCUGUCUUUGCUCUCCUGGGGGGGGUGAGACACCCCCACACACACCCCCACAUCCCCCGGCCAGUGCCUGGACCCCCCACGGGGUCGGUCACCCCCACGGCAAGAGCCCGUAAAUAAAAUGGAGCAGUCACUUG